AGGCUGAUUCCAGCAGAGGUGGACCGGUUCCUGUGCUGUGGUCCGUUGUACCAGGCCCUGAGGGACGGGGUGGCUCAGGCCCUGCUUGAGGCUCAUACUGACCCCCUCCGGACAACGCUGCAGGUCAGAGUCCUUUCCACACAUCCCUGGAACAUAGAGAUGCAGUAGUUUAUCAUAGUGUUCUAAAAAUAGUGAUCUAAUAGUGUUACCUACUUUAGAUUGUAUGUCUAUUUGAUAAGAGCAUCUGCUAAACGACUAAAAUGUCAAUGUAAAUGUUCUAUUUAAUUAUGUGCUCUGGUGCAUUCAAUAAUUCAAGAUAAUCAUUGACUGACUGUGUUCUGUCUCUGUUUCUUCUGUAGAAUCUGAGCUGCUCCAAAGCUUCAGCCCAAGUUCUCCUGGUCCUGGCCUCGUUCAGACAGGUCACCUGUCGCUUCGCAUCACCUGAUUCCAAAAUUCACCCCACUCCACAGGUGACCAUUCUCAAUUUAUAGUAAACUCUGUGCGGGUUUCCUGGACACAGAUUAAGCCUAGUCCUUGACUAAAAAGCAUUCUAAAUGGAUAUUCUCCAUCGAACUCGCUUAUUAGUCCAGGACUAAGGUCAAUCUGUGUCUGGGAAACUGCCCCUUAUUGUUAUAAACUCAUGUGGUAUGAAAUAGAAUUCCCCCCUGCCUUCUGAAAGAAAUUGUAACAUGAUUCUCUCAUUACAGGAGACAAGGAAACUGGAUGACUUCCUGAAGCACAGCCUAUCAGGUGAAUUCAGAAAGCUCUGCACAGCGCUGUUAUCCAAUCAGAUAGGUGGACCAGACUCUCCUCUCCAGAUCACCCAGACUGUUCCAGCUCAACGGCGCCUCCUGCUGGAGCUCCUGGUCCAUGCAUGCGCUGUGCUCCUCAGUGGGACUACACUGCUGGCUCCACUCCACCAGAUAGCCUCCCAGCCUCACAAUAUGACGGUGAGGCACUCUUUUUCUCUGAUACCCUGAAUAACAAAUGAACCCCUAGCCCCUACCCCCUUGGCACUUGUGACUAAGGGGUAAGGGCUAUCUCCACAAGUGGGGUAGGGGCUGGGGUAGAUACUGUAAUAAGAUCAUUGAGACUGAUAACCAGUUGUCCCACAGGGCUCCUAUUUGCCCACCAUGCCAGAUGAUCACACUAGUGAGGCUCGCCAGUGGAUGACUAAAGAGGGCAACAUCAAGUGGUACUGUAAGUAUUUGCUGGCAAAUGUAUUCUCGUGGUAUUGCUUUUGACAUCAUCAUUGCUUGUUGAUAUGCAGUAGUACUUAAUCAUUUGACUAUUUUGAUUGCAGUUUGUGCCAACGGUCAUGCGUGUUCUGUUGGAGAGGUGAGGGAUCCUUUCUUGUUUCUUUUGUAUCUCAUUUAGCAUUUUAUUCCUAUAGAUUUGACACUGUUCUUCUUCUUUAUCUUAGUGCGGGAAACCAGUGGCAAUAUCCAAAUGCCCUGACUGCGGUGUUCCAAUUGGUGGUCAAGGUCAUAACCCAGUUGCUGGAUUUACUCCUGCUCAGCAAAGGUCCUUUGCUUAACUGUCUCUCCCAAUAUACAACUGAGAAAUCUAGUUAAUGAGUUAAUGCCACAUUGACCUUUGAUCUCUGUGUGUGAAUUUAGUGUGGGGGAUCAGACCAGGACGGGGCACGUUUUGGGAGAGGUUUAUCGUAGGUCUGAGGCCCCAGAGAGACAGAUGUCAACAGCCCAGUCCUGCAUCCUUCGACUGCUCAACCAUCUGGCCAUGCUGCAAGGGACCAUAAAAAACUACCAGGUAAGGCCUGACCAAUAUCUCAAGCUAACAUCAAGUAGUUGGAUUAGGCAUCACAAGAAACCUGUGCUCGGAAGUACAAUGAUCACUUCUGGACAAUAUCUCAAGGAAUUAUCAACUGUUGAAAUGGGCAACACAUGAAGCCAUUAUGUUGGUUAAUUUAACUGUGUGAUGAUAAAAAUAAUGUUUCUUUGUGUCUGUGCAGGCAGUCAGUCAGAUGAUACACCCUGGUGUCCAAGAUGUCCGGGGGUUCCUGUGGAGCCACCUUGAGAAGGACAUGGAGGUGCUGGGUCGGACACUGGAUCAGAACAUGGACAACACGGCUGUUAUAGUUCAUCUGGUCCUCCACGCCUGUCUGGAGUUCACUGCAGGUGAUUACACUUGUCUUCCAUUUUGUUUUUACAAAUAGUUUUUUACAAAUAGUUUUACAAAUGUUAUAUAAAAAAUAUAAAUAAAAAGUUCCUCACAAUUCUUACAAAGAAAUGUCUAAAAUAUUGCCAUGUAAUGGUUGCACCUCAUAGUAUUUAUAGAGUUUGUGACUUCAGCUUAUCACACCUUGUCCUUGCAUUGCUGAACCAGGUUCUCGCCACACAAGACCAGACCUGUCCUCUCGACGUGGACGGGAACAGUGGGAGAAACUGGUCUGUGAUGCAGUUAUCAACCCAAUAAUCCAGGUAUGGUCAAGCUGUGAUUAGUUUAGGUUUUUGGUAACACUUUAUUUUAAGGUUUGAAGGGCACCUACAUAAGGACUAACACAGUCAUACAGUAUGCCUGGUGAAGGACUAUACUGAUUUGGGACACUAAACUACAUCCAAUGUUUUAUUGUACCUAUUAACCCACCCAUUUGAUCUCCAGCAUCUAAGGAGGAAACUGGCUGAAGCUCAGGACAGUAUCAGUGCAGAUAAAAGGCUGGGUGGAAGCCCCCUGAUGAGAUUACUCUAUGCGGACCCCCGACCCAUGCUGCCCCUGCUGCCCUCUCCCUCAGACUGCCCCACACACCACUCCUCCUUCUGGAGCCUGUCUGAAUCCCUCACCGUGGAGCACUUCUCUCAGAGAGUGGACCAGGAGCAGGGACACAACACCGUACCGCUCCUCAAACUCUUCCUUAAGAAGGUAACUGGAAGUGAAACUGCUCAAGAAUGGGAUUCAACAGAAGAAAUUCACACACAUUGCUUUACUUGAUAGCAAAGUUUCACUCCAUUCCAUUAUAUUGCCCUUCAUGUGACAUGAUGUUGUCCACAUUACUACCUGUUUAUAGAUAAUGGAGUAUGUUAUGGGAGAGUUUCCAUACUUGUCAGUGUGCUUAAAGACAUGUUUGUCUGUGUAUGUACACUACCGUUCAAAAGUUUGGGGUCACUUAGACAUGUCCUUGUUUUCGAAAGAAAAGCAAUUUUUUGACAAUUAAAAGAACAUCAAAUUGAUCAGAAAUACAGUGUAGACAUUGUUAAUGUUGUAAUGGCUAUUGUAGCUGGAAAAAACUGAUUUUUAAUGGAAUAUCUACAUAGGCGUACAGAGGCCCAUUAUCAGCAACCAUCAGUCCUGUGUUCCAAUGGCACGUUGUGUUUGCUAAUCCAAGUUUAUCAUUUUAAAAGGCUGAUUGAGCAUUAGAAAACCCUUUUGCAAUUUUGCAGACGCCUCACAGGUUGGCAGUGAAGAGGCAACUCCGGGAUGCUGAUCUAGGCAGAGUUGCAAAGAAAAAGUCCAAUGUCUAUGUUCUUUUGCCCAUCUUAAUAUUUUAUUUUUAUUGGCCAGUCUGAGAUAUGGCUUUUUCCUUACAACUCUGGCUAAGUCAGCAUCCCAGAGUCGCCUCCUCACUGUUGACGUUGAGACUGGUGUUUUGCGGGUACUAUUUAAUGAAGCUGCCAGUUGAGAACCUGUGAGGCGUCUGUUUCUCAAACUAGACACUCUAAUGUAUUUGUCCUCUUGAAAAGUUGUGCACCGGGGCCUCCCACUCCUCUUUCUAUUCUGGUUAGAGCCAGUUUGCGCUGUUCUGUGAAGGGAGUAGUACACAGCGUUGUACGAGAUCUUCAGUUUCUUGGCAAUUUCUCGCAUGGAAUAGCCUUCAUUUCUCAGAACAAGAAUAGACUGACGAGUUUCAGAAGAAAGUUAUUUGUUUCUGGCCAUUUUGAGCCUGUAAUCGAACCCACAAUUGCUGAUGCUCCAGAUACUCAACUAGUCUCAAGAAGGGCAGUUUUAUUGCUUCUUUAAUCAGCACAACAGUUUUCAGCUGUGCUAACAUAAUUGCAAAAGGGUUUUCUAAUGAUCAAUUAGCCUUUUAAAAUGAUAAACUUGGAUUAGCAAACACAACUUGCCAUUGGAACACAGGACUGAUGGUUGCUGAUAAUGGGCCUCUGUACGCCUAUGUAGAUAUUCCAUUAAAAAUCAGCCGUUUCCAGCUACAAUAGCCAUUUACAACAUUAACAAUGUCUACACUGUAUUUCUGAUCAAUUUGAUGUUAUUUUAAUGGACAAAAAAAUUGCUAAGUGACCCCAAACUUUUGAACGGUAGUGUAUAUGUGUUUGUCCGCUGUAGGUGCAGUGUGUGAGACAACUCCAUCAUCUACCAGAGCUGGCUGCCUUACAGGCUGACUUGUCCAGAAUGUUUCCCCUGACAGCUGAGAUGACCAGUCAGACCAUUGCCCAGGUGUUGCAGCACAUACAAACAGGUAUGUGGGAGUUAUUAUUCAGGUUGAUCAAUCAAUCAACCAAUCGAUCGAUCACUCAAUCAAUCCAAUUGGUCAAUGGUUUGACUGUCGCUAAACUAUACCACUGUAGGGUACCAGAAGAAAGUGCUGCUUGGGAGAAUGAAGGUCUUCAUGAAGGUGUGGAACUGCCUUAGGAUGGACGUGGCCAACAACGGUAUGUACAAAAAGCACAUUUAUUCCCCACUAUAUACUAACCACUGUUUUGUGUCCAUUUGGACAGUGUAUGGGGAAUGUUGUCGGAUAAAAUAGUCCUUUCUGUAUCUAACUCUGUGUGUACUGUGUGUGUAUCGCAUGUGUUUUGAGCAGCAGACUUAGGUGUGACACCACAGCUUUGUGAGAAGGAGCUGACCAUGGAGAGCUCUGGGGAGUUCCUGUCACUCAGUCGUCACGGUCCAGGGUCCUGCCUCCAGAUUCUGGUCCAAUUCCUGUCAGAGACUCACAACAGCCUGGUCAGAGAGGUUAGGAGACUCAGUCACCAUGACAACAGGUUAGUCACACCCACCAAACCUCUACUUUUGAUUAUUUGAUUGGCUAAAAUAUGGACCUUGACAUUUUGAUAGGCUUCGAAGACUCUGCAUUCAAAAAACAUCUCACACUGAGUAGGAGUGCUGAUCUAGGAUCAGUUUCCCCAUUUAAAUCAUAAUGAAUAACAUCAGCAUUCCUACUCUGAGGCACUUUAUGAAUAUUGGCACUGGUUCCCCAUCCCAUUCAUUAUAAUUUAAAAGGCUAAACUGAUCCUAGACCAGCACUCCUACUCUCAAACUGAUCCUAGACUGAGCCCUGAAUCUUAACUGUGAGAUGUUUUUGUUACACCCCUGCAGUGACUACAGUGUUCCUCUGGAGGGGGUGUCAGAGACACAGUUGACCCUGUGCCACCCUGAGAGGGAGCUGCUCCCCCUGGUGUUAUCCCACUGUCAUUACACACUGAGGACAGGCAGGGAGACAGAAAUCUGCUACAACCUGAUGGACAUCCAGGCACAACUGGCCCGCCACUUCCUAGCUGGGAAACCAAUCAUCCAAGCCGUAAGAGACAAAACUUUGAGAUAUCAUAUUGAUACAAUUAUUGUGCCUAAGAAACAUCCAUAUUUUGCUGUUGUUCUCCUUUAGUAUAUAUAUAAUACAUUUUUACAUGUACAUUUUUGUCAUUUAGCAGACGCUCAUAUCUAGAGCGACUUAGUUACUUUGUGCAUUCGUCUUGAAGUGAUACUCCAGAACUGUUGUAUAAUUCUGCCAGUAGUUUUGAAAGGGGUGCUCACAAGCCAGAAGAUAGCCCUAUUUGGUAGAAGACCAAGUCCAUAUUAUGCCAAGAACAGCUCAAAUAAGCAAAGAUAAACGACAGUCCAUCAUUACUUUAAGACAUGAAGGUCAGUCAAUAUGGAACAUUUAAAGAACUUUGAAAGUUUAUUCUAGUGCAGUCACAAAAACCAUCAAGCGCAAUGAUGAAACCGCCACAGGAAUGGAAGACCCAGAGAUACCUCUGCUGCAGAGGAUAAGUUCAUUAGUUACCAGUCUCAGAAAUUGCAGCCCAAAUGAAUGCUUCACAGAGUUCAAGUAACAGACACAUCUCAACAUCAACUGUUCAGAGGAGACUGUGUGAAUCAGGCCUUCAUGGUCGAAUUGCUGCAAAGAAACCACUACUAAAGGACACCAAUAAGAAGAAGAGACCUGCUUGGGCCAAGAAACAUGAGCAAUGGACAUUAGACCGGUGGAAAUUUGUCCUUUGGUCUGGAGUCCAAAAACCAUGUCUUUGUGAGAUGCGGUGUGGGUGAACGGAUGAUCUCCGCAUGUGUAGUUCCCACCGUAAAGCAUGGAGGAGGAGGUGUUAUGGUGUGGGGUUGCAUUGCUGGUGACACUGUCUGUGAUUUAUUUAGAAUUCAAGGCACACUUAACCAGCAUGGCUACCACAGCAUUCUGCAGCGAUACGCCAUCCCAUCUGGUUUGGGCUUAGUGGGACGAUCAUUUGUUUUUCAAUAGGACAAUGACCCAACACACCUCCAGGCUGUGUAAGGGCUAUUUGACCAUGAAGGAGAGUGAUGGAGUGCUGCAUCAGAUGACCUGUCCUCCACAAUCCCCCGACUUCAACCCAAUUGAGAUGGUUUGGGAUGAGUUGGACGGCAGAGUGAAGGAAAAGCAGCCAACAAGUGCUCAGCAUAUGUGGGAACUCCUUCAAGACUGUUGGAAAAGCAUUUCGGGUAAAGCUGGUUGAGAGAAUGCCAAGAGUGUGCAAAGCUGUCAUCAAGGUGAUGGGUGGCUAUUUGAAGAAUCUCAAAUAUAAAAUAUAUUUUGAUUUGUUUAACACUUUUUUGGUUACUACAUGAUUCCAUAUGUGUUAUUUCAUAGUUUUGAUGUCUUCACUAUUAUUCUACAAUGUAAAAAAUAGUAAAAAAUUAAGAAAAACCCUGGAAUGAGUAGGUGUGUCCAAACGUUUGACUGGUAGUGUAUAUAUAUAUAUAUAUAUAUAUAUAUAUUUUUUUUUUUUUGGGCAAUUCCUAUGAUAUGUUUCGAAUCCAAUUCGUACAAUAUGUUAUGAACUUGUUGUGCUUAAGAUCCCGGACUGCAUCUUUAAGAUAGCUAGGUAAGACAACCACAUACUGUAUGACAGUCAUAGUAAGUACGUUUUCCUCAAUAAAGUCGUUAUCAGCAAAGUCAUUGCUAGUAGGAAAAUAAAUGUGAUUUUUUAUUAAAUAAUAUGCAUUUACAGUAGCAAGUAUACUAACCAGGCAUGUGUUUGCAGGACACCUCAAGGUACUUGAACAGACAUCAGCAAGACUUCUCAGUAGUCCUUGAUGAAGUCAGGGCUAAGAUACCUCAGGUAAACAUACAUUUGCGCUCAGUUUGAGACUGUAUGCUUUUUUAAGCAUUGAAGUCAUGCCCAGCCCAGGCCCCAUUGAUUCAAUACCAGCCAAGUGUACAGACACACACAGUAGUCUUCCCCUGUGGGAUUUGAAGGGGCCAUUUUGUUUCGAGGUCAAAUUCCUAAACCCACCAUACCCAACUCUGUUUCCAUUCACUGGGCUGGGAGGUAAUCAGUCUCCCCAGCUAUGCGCCACUGUGCCCAGCUCUCUGCUUACAGUUGUUCUGUCUGUCUGUCUCUUUAUUUUGCGUUCUGUCUUCCGUUCCAUCUGUUUUUCUGUCUGUCAGGAGGCGCUGAAGGGUUCCGUUAGCGGUGCUAUGAGGACAGGACUGCGUUCGUACACCGAUGUGUGUGACGCUGUGUUCGCAGUGGAGAUUGGCCUGCGGUUCCUGGGAAAGACUAGCGGAGUGCCCCAUGUCCCACUCUUGUCCUACCUGACUGAGACGCUCAAGAUGGGCCCACAGAUCUCUAGCAGUGUAGCCAAGGUAGAGGAUCUUAACUCCAACAAUGUCUCCACCUAAUGCCCGCAGAUGCAGUGAUUAAUGUUUGUUCCUUGUAUCUAUUUUUGUCCGGGUAGAUUAUGCAUGUGCUCUCCUCAUGACUCUCCUUCCUAAGGCACAAAUAUACUAAUAUAUGUGAAAUGUAUGUAAUAGAGAGACAACUCUAUUACAGAGGUCCCCCUGCUUUGGCCCUUUUGACUGUACCCCUCUCAUGUCUCUGUCCCAGGUCCUUGGAGAGUGCAGACUGGAACACAGCACAUUUACCUGGCAGCUCCUUACCUGCUGGAAGUCUGAGCUAAUGCUGAGCAGAGGACAGGUGAGUUAACAUAUAGCCCAUACCUGUAUCUCCACGGGUGAGUUAACAUAUUGCCUAUAGCUGUAUCUCCACGGGUGAGUUAACACAUAGCCCAUACCUGUUCUCCACGGGUGAGUUAACAUAUAGCCCAUACCUGUAUCUCCACGGGUGAGUUAACAUAUAGCCCAUACCUUUAUCUCCACGGGUGAGUUAACAUAUUGCCAAUACCUGUAUCUCCAUGGGUGAGUUAACAUAUAGCCCAUACCUGUAUCUCCACAGGUGAGUUAACAUAUAGCCUAUACCUGUAUCUCCACGGGUGAGUUAACAUAUAGCCCAUACCUGUAUGUCCACGGGUGAGUUAACAUAUAGCUUAUACCUGUAUCUCCACAGGUGAGUUAACAUAUAGCCCAUACCUGUAUCUCCACGGGUGAGUUAACAUAUAGCUUAUACCUGUAUCUCCACAGGUGAGUUAACAUAUAGCCCAUAUCUGUAUGUCCACGGGUGAGUUAACAUAUAGCUUAUACCUGUAUCUCCACGGGUGAGUUAACAUAUAGCCUAUACCUGUUUCUCUACGGGUGAGUUAACAUAUAGCCCAUAACUGUAUCUCCACGUGGUGUAAAAUAACCCACAGUGUUGGUGUUAAUAACCAGAGUUAUUGUUUUACACUGUGGAAAGUGAAACAGUCAGGCAGUUAGUUGGAUAUACCAGUUCUAGUCAUAACAAUAAGUGGGAAUGAUAUGAGAUGACAUUAUCUCUACUGAUCUUUUCAUAUCAAUGAAUCUGUGCAUAGACCCAGCCCGGCUCACUUUUAAAGACCAAACCAACAAUACAAAAUCUGUCAGUGAAGUGAAACUCCCCCCCUGUGACCACAUUUAGUAGUUUGUCAUGGGGUCAACCCUUUCACCUACCUGACCCUUGACCCCUGCUAACCACCACUGGUUGACAUCAGGGACCACAUGCAGGCGGUCAGCCUCCAUCUGAGGUGUAAAUUCAGGCAUCGUGUGACAUUGGACAUGGCAGGCGUUGAACCAAAAACAAAUGUUGAUCCAAAAAACAGAAUUUCUGUUUAUUAUAAUAAUACUUGGGAUUGACAUAUGCUUGAUUGAAUCUCAGCUGGUACUCCUUGUAUAUACUGUAGCUUCAUUCUUGUGUAUUUUAUUCCUCAUUUGUUUGUUUAUCUUAUUUAACUCUGCAUCGUUGAGAAAUAACUUCUACGUAAGCAUUUCACUGUAAGGUUUAUACCUGUUGUAUUCGGUGCUUGUGACAAAUACAAUUUGAUUUGAUUUGAUUCAUAAUUUGAUUUCAUGAAAAGCGAGUCUUGUUCUCCUCUUCUGAUGAUGUGAGUUAAGAGAUUUAAUCUGAUCUAGGAUCUGUUUUUCUAUCCCUAAUUAUAUCACUUAUAUCACUGGUAUUUAUCUUGUGUUUGCUGCAUAUGGAUGUCUUGUGUUUGCAGGACCCGUUCCAGAGGCUGCCAUCAGAGUUCCAGCAGAAGUUAUCCGAGGAGGAGAGGAGAGAGCUGAGGGUCUUCUUCAGUGGGACAGACAUUGACAUACUCUCACUGGAGCUGCAUGAAAUCCUGCUCCUGAAGACCAACACUCAGGCUUUUUCAGACCAGGCUUAUCUACCACACUGGGAGUAAGGGCAUUAUUAUACAGAUUAGAGCUAGUGGGAAAGAUAGGCAACACUGAGAGAUGUGUGCUGUAGACUACCUAGGUCACAGUAGGGCUAAGGGCCUUUUUGUCUGCUUUCUGCUAUUGUCGACAUCACAUUGGCAAUCCAGCUCUCACGCCCUUUUAUGGUCAUUAACAGUAACUGACUAAACAAACCUCUUAUGGUCAUUCACAGUGACUAACAAAACAAACCUCUUAUGGUUGUUAACAGUAACUGACAAAACAAACCUCUUAUGGUUGUUAACAGUAACUGACAAAACAAACCUCUUAUGGUUUUUAACAGUAACUGACAAAACAAACCUUUUAUGGUUGUUAACAGUAACUGACAUAACAAACCUUUUAUGGUCAUUAAGAGUAACUGACAAAACAAACAAAGACACUAACCAUUUGUGGCUGAAUUAAGGAUCUGUAUGGGGCAAAUGUCGCACAAAUGUGUAAAACACAUUAUUUACAAAGCAUUUGAAUUAUUUGAUUAGCACUGCUGUCAUUAACAUCAUUACCCACCUUUGGACAGGACUUUGAUGUUGAUUAUACAUUUUUCUGAUCUUAAAAAAUAUAACAACAAACAACGUGUUCCCCUUGUAUUUUCAGCACCCUGUCCCUCACCCUGGCCACACUGAUGUUUAGACCAGAGGAAUCUGUCAAUCUGUUUAUAUGGACACUUCUUUCAAUCCCAAUAAAGCAGGGGCACACACUGAGAGACACACAGAGAGAGAUCCCCCUGGGACAUGAGGCGGGCCCUUUUGACUCCGAAGGGCUCGGGGUGUGACCCUUACCGGCGCCCAUCUGUCAGGGGAAAGGGACUUAAGUGAUAUACCCUCAGCCGGCACAGGUCACCCCUGCCCCCUUACUAAACCAGCAGCUGGGGCUAGGGACUGAAUAGGAAUGCAACUGUUGCUCUUAGGACAUGGGGUGUGAUGCUGUGUUGCCUCUCUUUGUCCUCGUUCCUGCUGUUGUGUGUGUGUGUGUGUGUGUGUGUGUGUGUGUGUGUGUGUGUGUGUCCACAGCAUCAGGUCCACUCUAGAGAGCCAUCUAGAAAAGAAGAGACUCCCACCCAUGCCUGGGCUUGACUCCCUACCAGAGGACAUCACUCUGGACAAAGGGGCAGAUAUGUGGAGAAUGGCUGUAGAGUUUAGAAAGAGAUAA